AUGAUUGUAAAUUCAUAAUUUUUAGAAGAGUUAUAAGUAGUAGAAGCUUUAGAUUUUGAUGGUUUUGAAAAAUCAUUAAAUUAUACUAUUAGUUAUAUAGCAAAAAGUGAUACAACAACUAGAUUAAAUGAAAUUUUGGAAAUUGAGGAGGAAAGCGCAAAUCAAAUCUUCCCUGUUUUGCUCAAGUUAGUUUCUUUUUUUGCUAAAUUUAAUGCAGGUGAAAGGGAAUUCAAAGCUCACUUAGAAAUGAUUUAGUUAAACAAAGAUAAAAAGCUUUUAUUUUUGCAGAAAAUGAAAGAAUCUGAAAAGCAUUUAAGAAAAGCACUAGGACUGCUGGAAAGAGACAAUGAACCUGAAUAUGCAAAUUUAAGAUGGAGAUUUGACUUAUAAGUGAGAAUUAUAAUAAAAUUUAUGAUUAGAAAGCCUUUUAAAAUUAAAUAAUUUUAAUUUUAACAAAUUUAAAGGUUUCUUCAAGGACAAAUGAAAGUGAGACUAAACCAAAAAUAUUAAUGCAGCUUGAUUUGUUAAAUAAUGGAAAAAUAGAAGGGCACAUUUUAGAAACUGAUUUAGCUAAUUUAAAACAUUUAACAGAAGAACUCACUUAAGCUUUAAAAUUACACAAUUCAUUGGCACAAAAGAAGAUUCAAAAGAAAUUCAUAUGAAAAAUAGUAUAAAUAAAUAAAUUAAUACAAUACAUUAAUCAUUCUAAGUAUUAAAUAAAAUAUAAGGAAUAUGUAUAAAUUCUGUAAAUAAUUAAAAUCUAUUUUUGAUCUUUUAAAGAAAUCUAUCCGCUUUUUAUUAAUUUAUAAUUUAAAAUAAUUCAUCAAUAAUUCAUUUUUUAAUAUUUUUGAACAAAUAUUAGUAUUAAAUUAACUAAAUAAUUAAUUUCAAUUUAUUUUUAAGGCGAAUUAGAAUAAAUUAAUAAAUUAUUUAAAAUGA